UAAUUGCUCACUUAUUAGACUUUACUAAUCCUCAGGACAGGGACUUUUUAUAUCGGGAUUGUCAAAAUCCUUAAAACACUGGAAGACUUACACCCAGGCAGGCCUGAAGUUAGCCACAUGGGAGCUACAGUUCGCCUAACACACACCUAUACAACAUGAAUUUUCCACCUAAAUAACAUAAUUUUCCACCUAAAUAACAUAAUUUUCCACCUAAAUAACAUAAUUUUCCACCUAAAUAACAUAAAAUUUGAAGACACUCCCUACAGAGACACUAUUUUCUCCCCACGUUUCCAAAUAGAGUCGGGCUAGUGCUCAGAAAUAUAUUUGUUCUCAUGUUUUAGAAGUUUAAAAUAAAUGGAUUAGAUUAUAAAAUUAAGAGCGAAUAAGUCACUUCGAAGAACAAACACAACGUCCCAGUGAGACAGGGAAAGAAAAACUAGAAAGAAGUUAUUGCUGAGAAUAUAAAAGCGGGAGGGAAAUCCUCUGCCUAAUUUAUUUCUCCCUCAACAGUUUUGUAAGAAAACGUCUUGGGCUCAAAGUAGUUGCAAAGAAGUCUCCCGUAGCACAGCCAGGGCGCACGGGUCCGGUGCUGGCAGCUGUGCUAUCUGAAUCCUCUCUGAUCAUUACCGCUGCUCAGGCACAUUUUCAAAUCAGGGGUGCUAACGUCAAUCUGGCUUUCUCAGUUUGCUUCCGACGAGGGGGGACCGGACCCAGGGUGGGGCUGCGUAAACUCGGGGACACUUGGGAACAUUUACUCAGGAAGUGAGAGGGUCCGGCUGCUGGUGGCUGGUCCUGGACAGCGUGGUCGAGGGACCAGGGCUCAGGUCGGUUCCGCUGCGCCCGCCGUAGCCGACAGUGAAGUAAGUACAAUGUGGGCGGCGGCUCCCGGUGAGUCACUUCGUGAGUGACACUCAGCCCCGGGGGUCGCGCUGGGGUCGGAGUCGGAAGGAAUGUUCUGUCCCCGGAACCGCUUGCAGCCAGGAGUUGGAGGCCCUCUGGCCCCGCAGAGGCUGGGUUGCAGGCAUCGAAAACUUCCUGAACACGACCAGUAUGAACUUGAUCUCGAGCUUCCGAACUCCAAACGCCUGGGCAAGAAUUCAGCAAAGCGCAGCACCGCUCACCCGCACUUCCCCCAGCUAGCGGUUGCUGUUUCUUGCAAGACGCGUUUAUCCGCCCCAGUCCCGGGUGGGUGAGUCAUUUUGCCAAAGAAAAUGUGGUUGGGGGUGCCUUCGAGUAGACUUUCACUAUUAAAUAAGUGCACCUCAGUGAUGGAUUUGUUCCAAAUUGAUGUUUGACUUUUAAAAAAGCGGUGGCGAAUGACAACACGAAAUAAUCAGUGUCAGAGGUUAGCAAAUCAAACUGUCUCAAAUUAAGGCAAAUGUUGGCUUUAUAUCUGUUCAGGAAAAAGGGGGAGAAGGAAAAUUUUCUCAAACCUAACGUCUCCAACAAACUCAUAUCCAGAUAAAACUUCCUACACAUGACUCCCACACACAUGUUUCGACCAGGAAACUUUUGUUUACCAGACUCUCUUCCUGGUAAUUUCUCCUGUCUCUUUUCCCCUCCCCAACCUAGUUUCGGCAGUUUGGAAGGCUGGAGAUUUUUGUUAAGGACACUUUACACUGAUCUCAGUUAACCGGCAGGCCAAGCUAACCUGGCAAAGAGUAAGAAGGAAAGACACACACACACACACACACACACAUACACACACACACACACGACGGCGAUUUCCAAACAUCCUUUCUACUUAAACUUCCUAAUCCCGUGCCUGUCCCAGAAGGGUCUCCGAAUGAGUCCCCGGCGUGGGUUGGGGGAGGGGGGCGGUUCGAGUGCCUAGUGCAUCUCCGACCCUGCUCUCCCUCCUCCAACCGCUUCCCUACUCUGCAACACGUAAGCAUCACGAAACCUGCUGCGAAACAUCUGGAUGGCGACUCGUGUCCCAACAUCUGGGCAACUACCGCCAAGGCUGGCUUCUAGGGAACGAGUGCGGAAAUGCGUGCGGGUGUGGGAGCGCACCACUCAGUAGGGUAGGACCUCUCCCAGCGCUAGGUCACUGCAGCAUUCUUCCCACCAUCUGCUCCUGUCACCAGCCCCUAACUCCGCCCCUCUGGGCCCGCCCCUUGUUCCGAAGCCAAUAGGAACCCCUGACCGCCCUACACCGCCCAGAAGCCUUUCCACACCCCCUCGUCCUGGGAGCGGGUUGGCUGCUGAGCUCUCGGAGAAGCGCCUGUAUUUGCAUGGCGUUCGGGGUUUUUGGUAGGUAGAGCAGCCCGUCACUCUGGAAGGCCGGGACCGCCCACUCCACCUCGGUCCACAGCUCUCUUCCUGCGCAGUUCGCCUCCGCAGCCUCUGCGGAGAAGUGCCGGGGCUGCUCGAGGCUCAGUUCUUAGGACUGCAAGGAGGCAGCCCCGGCGUGCGGUGGUGCGCACAGUCUAGAGUGGCCAGGGCGCGAGAGUGCAACGUCCUCCUGGCCCCGAGCGCGUCGUCGCGCCCCAGGAGCAGACCCCCCCCCCAGCAGUUACCGCCGUCCUGACUUUCCGUUCCAGUUGCAGCUCCUGCCGGGCAACAUGUCAAGAGUCGCCGCCGCUACAGCUGCCGCCGCCACCUGGGGAAGAGCAGCAGCAGCAGCGGCGGCCGCGGGCACACGGGGGCAAUAAACCGAGCCACCCGGGCGUCCAGUGGGCCGGGGAACCCUCUCUGCGCUCACUGCCCGGCGGGACCCACGCCAUGUGCUGAGCCAUGCCCCUGGCCGCGCCCGCGGGCAGCGCAUGGGGCAGCGCCUGAGUGGCGGCAGAUCUUGCCUCGAUGUCCCCGGCCGGCUCCUACCGCAGCCGCCGCCGCCCCCGCCGCCGGUGAGGAGGAAGCUCGCGCUGCUCUUCGCCAUGCUCUGCGUCUGGCUCUAUAUGUUCCUGUACUCGUGCGCCGGCUCCUGCGCCGCCGCGCCGGGGCUGCUGCUCCUGGGCUCUGGGUCCCGCGCCGCACACGACCCGCCAGCCCUGGCCACAGCUCCGGACCGGACGCCCCCCAGGCUGCCGUUCCGGGCGCCGCCAGCCACCCCACUGGCUUCAGGCAAGGAGAUGGCCGAGGGCGCUGCGAGCCCGGAGGAGCAGAGUCCCGAGGUGCCGGACUCCCCAAGCCCCAUCUCCAGCUUUUUCAGUGGGUCUGGGAGCAAGCAGCUGCCGCAGGCCAUCAUCAUCGGCGUGAAGAAGGGCGGCACGAGGGCGCUGCUGGAGUUUCUGCGCGUGCACCCCGACGUGCGCGCCGUGGGCGCCGAACCCCAUUUCUUCGAUCGCAGCUACGACAAGGGCCUCGCUUGGUACCGGGACCUGAUGCCCAGAACCCUGGACGGGCAGAUCACCAUGGAGAAGACGCCCAGUUACUUCGUCACGCGGGAGGCCCCCGCGCGCAUCUCGGCCAUGUCCAAGGACACCAAGCUCAUCGUGGUGGUGCGGGACCCGGUGACCAGGGCCAUCUCGGACUACACGCAGACGCUGUCCAAGCGGCCCGACAUCCCCACCUUCGAGAGCUUGACGUUCAAAAACAGGACAGCGGGCCUCAUCGACACGUCGUGGAGCGCCAUCCAGAUCGGCAUCUACGCCAAGCACCUGGAGCACUGGCUGCGCCACUUCCCCAUCCGCCAGAUGCUCUUCGUGAGCGGCGAGCGGCUCAUCAGCGACCCGGCCGGCGAGCUGGGCCGCGUGCAGGACUUCCUGGGCCUCAAGAGGAUCAUCACGGACAAGCACUUCUACUUCAACAAGACCAAGGGCUUCCCCUGCCUGAAGAAGGCGGAGGGCAGCAGCCGGCCCCACUGCCUGGGCAAGACCAAGGGCAGGACCCACCCUGAGAUCGACCGCGAGGUGGUGCGCAGGCUGCGUGAGUUCUACCGGCCUUUCAACCUCAAGUUCUACCAGAUGACCGGGCACGACUUUGGCUGGGAUUGAACAAACCCAGUCUAUGUACCUUACCCACGUGGCUUAUCUAUUGACAGAGAUUAUAUGUAUGUAAAAUGUACAGAAAUCUAUUUUAUAAUAAUUUAUUUUUAAUUCAUAAGCAAUUAAUUCACUAAGCUGCCUAGCCACACUCUUUAGAGAGUUAGCUUCAUAGUCUGUUAACAUUCCAAAGUGUUUAACUCUAGUAUUUCGUUCUCUUCUUCACAAUUGAUGGUGCUUCCAUUUUUUCUUCUCCGCUACCUGUUAUAUUUAAAAUGAAGAAAAGCACAACUUGAGAUUUUUGUUGUUACGGGUAUUCAGCCUUCAGUCACCGUCUGAGUUCUCCAGUUGCUGCCUCCUUGUCUUGUCUUGGGUCUCCCAUUCCAGCUUCCCUGUCUCUUCCUGCCUGUGUACCUCGUAGGAACGCUGAGCUGCCUCAAAAGGACUGUAUUCUAAAGGGCAGACCUCAUGUAGCAGCCUCCUUGCAGAUGUGGUGUCCGGUCCAAUGAUGUAGCCUGAAAGCCACAGCCCUAGGGUUCUGUCCCCCGCUCCAUUCAGCACAUGGGGAAAUUUCUCACUCCCUUUACAGGGACGUCCACAUCCUUUUUUUUUUCUUUUUUUUUUUUUUUUUUUUUUUGAGAUGGAGUCUUGCUCUUGUUGCCCAGGCUGGGGCGCAAUUGUGUGAUAUAUGCUCACCACAACCUCUGCUUCCCGGUUCAAGUGAUUCUCCUGUCUCAGCCCCCCAAGUAGCUGGGAUUACAGGCAUGCACCACCAUGCCUGGCUAAUUUUGUAUUUUUAGUAGAGACAGGGUUUCUCCAUGUUGGUCAGGCUGGUAUUGAACUCCCGACCUCAGGUGAUCCGCCUGCCUUGGCCUCCCAAAGUGUUGAGAUUACAGGUGUGAGCCACUGCGCCCUCUAUCCACAUCCUUUUAGAGUCAGAAUGCUAGGGUCCAUUGACUUCAGCUUUUGAUUUUGCAGGAUGGCCCUGUAUCCUCCUCUGCCCCGUUCCCUGGUUUGAAGUGUAUGCAGAUUGUUGCCCCCUCUUUCCCAGGUCAUGUGUGUGAGAUGCCUGGGUGCUGCUUCAGAAAUCAAGAUGAUCUCCUUUAAUUUGCAUGAAACUACACCAUGCUGCGUUCCCCAGGCAGACAGUUCUGCUUUGACACACCAAAGAAUCCGGAGGCUAGCAAAGCCGCCAGCACAAACCAAGGGCGCUGGGUGUCGAGACUCAGAGGGGUCAGCUGUGUCCCGCGGCAUCAGCGUCUACCAAGGUGCUGCUAGGUACAGAGCCAGCCAGUGUUGGGCAGCAGGCUCACAGCCUCAAUAGGGAGAAAAGACAAAGGCCUCAAAAUGACAGGCAGCCUGGCAGAGGAAAGGAGUCUGACACCUCAGCUUGAUGCAUCUUUGGAAUUCCUAGCUCAUCUCAGAAUUAUAUCUCAGAGUGAUAAUAUGGGCAGUAGCCAGUGGCCAAACAGGAAGAACUAAGAGUGGCCCUUGUAAAAAAAGAUUGGGAAAGCUGGGCCCAUAUUGCCUGUAAACCCUUGAGCCUAAUGCUCAUACAGCUGUCCCUUGUUUUAGCCAGGUCUUGACAGAAGGGUUACCAGCACUGUCACUGCUCUACAGAAUGCUCUCCCCAUGCCUCUCUGUUGAUUUAUAACAGCUGGGUAACCAGAUAGCAAUAUAGUGGCAAUUGAGUGGCCAUAUAGUAAUACAGGGGCAAUUGGUUAAACAUAUAGCAAUAUCACAUAAUGAUAUGUUUAAUUUAACCUCAGUUUUUUAAACCAGAAUGCUUCUACCAUAAAAGAAUUGUGAUUUCAGUUAUAUUUCCAUCAAGGACUAUGUGGGAAGAUAUACAUGUUGUCAAAAUGGUCGGGAUGGGAUAGUUACAAAGGACACUUCUGUAUGUUGUAUGGAAUCACUUGCCUGAUAGUAUAAGAAACGUUGUAUGAAAAGAGGAAAAGAUAAAUCAUUUUUAGAAACUGAUCAGAGAUGUCACUAGUCUUUAAGUGAUGUCUUGAAAAUCCAGUUUGUAUUUGCCCAAAAGUUUUAGCCUACAUCUAGCUAGCUUACACUUAGCAGCCAAACCAUCAUUGUGUAGGUUCUGUUUUGGAGAAAGCUCAUGGGGGAUCUGUGUAUUUCUUAGGUUUCUCCCUGUUCUCCAAUGUUUUAUCCAUUUCGUAGCUUUUUUACUAUCUCCAGAAAGUAGUGUAGGACCUGCACUUAGGGGAAUACCAGAAUCAUAGCGUGGUUCUGCCUUCUUGAUGAGUGAUUGUGAAAAACACCUGCAUAAGGGUGCUAAUUGGUUGUGUAUUUUUUCAUUUAUUUGAAAUCAAACUGAGAACGCCUCUUUUCGGUUUACAGCAUAACAUGGCUUGAAGUAAAAGGCAGUAUCCAAGUCCUUCACGUGGUCUUGCCCUGUCUACUUUCUGAUCAUUCUGAUGGUCUGAUGUGGCAGUCGAUGUGGAACUGCAGAAGAGUUCGGAGAAGAGUAUGCAACAAAGCCAUAGGAAAACACGCAGGAGCUUUUCCCUCCCCUUCAGGUCCCUGCCCUCUUUCCAAGCUGGACAAUUUUUUAUUAAGUUGUUUAUUCCCUGCCUUAAAACUGAAACAGGAAAUUUUCUGGUAGAAGGAGGAUCAUUUAGUCAUGAACACUGAAGUGGGUCAAAAUUCUAUUCUGGGUCAAAUCCUUGAAUUCAAACAGAUGUCCAUAUUAGUACUGAUGGAAUAGAGCAAGUUUUUCUAUGUAAGACAAAUAAAUCAAACAUCAUGUGCAUCUCCUCAUAAGGGUCUGAUGGCUUAAAGUUCCUAACAGAUCUGGUUGCAGCAUCUGCCGGAGCUUGCACCCCAUCAUCGGACGGUCAUCUUCCUCCUGCAGAAGUUAGGUAACGUAAGACUUAGAUUUCUUCCUGUUCUAGCAAUCUGCAAGACCACCAAGCUUAACUUUUUAGCUGCCAGAAGACAAACACCCUUUUCUGUUUCGGCAAUUUGUCCUGGCACGUGUUUUGGACUUCCUCCAAUUUACACGAAAAGCUCUGAUAUUCAUUGGAGUACUUUAUUUUUUUUCCUCAGUUUUGUUUCUUUUCUCAUGUGAAAACAAACAAAAAGGUCAACAAAAAAAAAUUGGGAGGUUUUUCUUGUUUCUAUCUACUUCAUGCUUUCUUUGCGGUGUUUGAACAGUAGUCUGUUAACUUAGUAGGUGGUACCUGGAAAGGUACUUUCAGUAUAGUGACUGUUUAAUAAAUACUUAAUUGGACGAUGGAGGAGGAGAAAUUGUUUUCUUCCCAGGAUUCUCUUUGGGGGUCAUUUUGAGUGACAGAUAUAUUUUAGACAUUUGGAGAAACAGUUUCAGAUCCUGCCAGGAUAUUUUUGUAAGAAAGGAAAAUGGAAGGUUCCAAUAAACUAGAAACAUUACGCAUCUAAGAUGCUGACACAGAAGCUAAUGUGACUUUUCAGCUUAUCAAGAGGAUGGCCAAUAAAACUUAAAGGUGUGGUUAGAUGUUUUCUCACUUUUGUGACAUUAAUUUAUCACUGAGUCUCAUUCAACCAAGUAAUCUAAAAUACUGUGCAAAUUCUAGCAGUAUGUCUUCGAUAACUUGGAUGUUAGGAUAGCCAAUAUGUACAAAAAAUUAAAUCAAGUAUUUUGUCCUAUGUAUAACACAAAUUAAUUUUACACAGAGAAAGAUGUUUCUAGGCAAAUGAAAUUCUGGUAAUUCAUACUAUUUCUUUGUAUGAACAAAUAAAAUAUAUUUUGCCAA